AGUUGAAGCAAUCACUUUAUUUUGGCUUAUAUACGCAUGCGCAUUAGUUGACCUUAGCAACAUCGCUGACGAAUCCCGAUAUCCGAACUCUGCAAACAUGACUGACGUUGAGGAUAUACUGAAGAGGAUUUCUGCCCACAAGGGUGUGGUUGGAACCAUUAUUAUGGACUGUGAUGCAAUCCCAGUCAGGACAACACUAGACAAUUCAACCACAGUCCAGUAUUGCCAACUCUACAUGCCGCUCAUUCGCAAGGCAAGGGGCUGUGUCCGGGAUAUUGACCCUCAGAAUGACCUUGCCUUCCUCCGUCUUCGCACCAAGAAGCAUGAGAUCAUGAUCGCACCAGAAAAAGAUUACCUGUUCAUCGUGAUUCAGAACCCAUCAGAAGCAUAAUCUACCUGACAAACUACAGCUGAAAUAAAAACCAUGUAGCAUGAUAAUUUAUUCCCCAGCUCAGUCUUGUGGACAGUCCAACAAGUAGUCAGAAGGUUCUAAGACUGAAGAUUGUGCUCUUUUCAACCUUUAAUCAUAUGAACCUUUAUGCAAGUUGUCUAAAGGUCCAUGACAUCAAAAACCUGACUUGAGAUUAGUUGUUGGAAGGGUUAACAAGACUUAAUCCUUUGGUUGUGGUCCAUGGCAUCUAAGCCUGUCUUGAGAAUCUUCAUAUUAAUUGGUGGAUGGUCCACAAGACUGAAGCCUUUGGUCUUGGAGAUCCUCAGGGUUUGUGAAACUUCCUACAAGUAUACUUGUCAGUCUUUGCUUUAACUUAUUAAUUCCUUCAUUAUUUCAGCUGGGAUACCUAGAUCCUAGAGCAUUCCAUUCCAAACAUGACAACUUUGAAUGCAGGUCAACAAUUAUCAAAUUUCAGAAAUAAACUUGGCUGUUUUUAAAUGUACCACUUUUUCUAUAUGAAAUCCACAAUGUGUUAUAAUAUCAAUUCAAAUACAUUGUAAAUCAAAGAAAUUGUUAUGUAUUUACGUGUAAAUAGUGGGGAUUGUAAAUAAUAUACUGUAGAAUAGUAUUGUAAAUUCUAUUCCUUAUAAAUGUAGAAAAUGGUCAUUCACUAAAAAUGUUCAAUGAUAUACUGAAACAAAUUGUUUUUUAAAGUGUUUUUAUAUUUUUCAUGAAGUUGAUAUGUAAACCCGAAAAAAAGGCAUAUAACAUUGAAUUCCAAACACAGCAUAAUACAUAAAUUGUUAUAAACAACUAUUCAACAACAAAAAAUGAGCAAAAAUUAAAAGUAGAAUUAUUAUUCUGUAUUACAGUAUUACUACGAUGGUUGGUUUUGCCAGCAUACUAGAUUACAGGCUUGUAGAGAUGUCUAACACUCUAUGACAAAAGAUUUGUGAUAAACUCCUCAUUACAAUGAUUAUCAAUAUAAUAACCUUAUUGGAUGAAAAGAUGAAAUCAAAAAAGGGAAUAGAAAUUUUGAUUGUAUUGCAGAACUCUAAUAUGUACAGGAAAAAAAAGUGUCCUCUCAAAGAAGAGUAUAUUGUAUUCUCUUAUGUGCCCAAUAUUGAAGCUUGAUUUACAGUGAUAUACGCAUGGCACAAAGCAUAUGAAUCUUUCUUCCCAUUCGAUAAUUCGAUUUCACUCAUUAAACCAUGAAGGGUUUGUGGUUUAUUGCAUAUUGUUUCCUCUGUAAAUGACCAUUUUUCUGUUUGUAUACUUUUCUGUCCCUUUCUUUUUCUCAGAAAUUAAAUAUUCAUUAGAAAUUAAAUA